AUGAUGAUGAUGAUGAUGCUGUACCUGUACGGUGGCGAUACACCACUGCACAUGGCCUGCUAUCACGGUUAUGUCAAGGUGGUGGAGAUGCUGUUGCAGCACGGUGUUGAUGCUAAAGCCAAGACCAACGGUGGCGAUACACCACUGCACAUGGCUUGCCAUAGGGGUUGUGUCAAGGUGGUGGAGAUGCUGUUGCAGCACGGUGUUGAUACUAAAGCCAAGAACGACAAUGGCGAAACACCACUGCACAAGGCCUGCCAUAGGGGUCGUGACAAGGUGGUGGAGAUGCUGUUGCAGGUGGCGAUACACCACUGUACAGGCUUGCCAUUCACGGGUUGUGUCAAGGUGGUGGAGAUGCUGUUGCAGCACGGUGUUGAUACUGAAGCCAAGAACAAGGUCAGAUGGCUAUACAGCACUGCACUGGGCGUGCCAUAG